AUGACUCCUCGUAUGGUUUACAAGUGGUUCACAGUUUUAUAUAAUGUGUCGUUUGUUGUUGGUUUAAUUGGAUAUCUUAUUGUGCUCGGUGUAUUCUUUGGAAUCUUUGCUUUAUUUGGUGUAGGUCCUGAAUUUAUUCAAGUCGGUGUUUUACUUCUUAGUUACGGUCUUUACUUUGGUGUCUUGGGUAGAGAUUUUGUUGAGAUUUGUACAGAUAGAAUGGCCGCCACCAUUGGUUAUUAUUCAAAGGAUGGGUUACCAAAUAAGUAUUUGGGGGAUGGUAUCUGUGCUGUUUGUAAUCAUGCCACUUCAGCCACUACGGGCCAUAUCGCUUUGCAUAAUGAUCCUGCGUUACGUCCUAUGUUUUCAGAUGAUCCUGUUCAUCAAUUGACCUGUAAGCAUGUUUUCCAUGAAAAGUGUAUUCGUGGUUGGGUUAUGAUUGGUAAAAAAGAUAUUUGUCCAUAUUGUAAGGAAAAGGUCGAUCUCAAACAAUUUAAGCGUAAUCCAUGGGACACGCAGCAGCAACUCUAUCUCAAUUUGCUGGAUGGUGUUCGUUACUUAGUAGUCUGGCAACCAAUCAUCUUUGGUGCCGUUCAACUUGCUUAUUAUUUAUUUGGUUUGGAUUAA